AUGAUAGUUAGCCACGUUUGCAGUCCGGUGCAAAGAAGAGAUGGGCACAUGGGGAAAAGUGUGUUGAAAGGAGGGAGGUUUAAUUUAGGGUUUCUUUCGUAAACAAAUAUUACAUUUACUGUGAUAUACGGCGAUGGAGUUAGAUGCAGACACCCAGGCACUCGCAAAGGGAGGGUUCCAUUGCCUUCUUUGCGAUAUCAAUGUUCCAAAUCAGGCGAGCCUGGAGGACCAUUUAAAAGGCAGGAAACACCAGAAGCUGCGCAGUGUGCGUGACACGAGGAAGACCCAGGAGCAGCACAGCGUCUUUGUUAGCGGAUUCCAGCGCGGGACGACCGAACUGCAGCUGAUAGAUCACUUCCAGCGCUUCGGACCCGUGGCUAGCGUCAUCAUGGACAAAGACCAGGGUGUCUAUGCGAUUGUGCAGUUCAAUAACACGGAAAGCCUGCAGGUGGCGCUGGCGGAACCCCAGCACUGUAUGGCAGGCCAGCGCCUGCGUGUGAAGCCCAGAGAGACGAAGGAGUUUAAAUACAUCCCCAAAAAGAAACAAGACCCCUCCAAGCAGCAGCUGAUCAGCCUAGAGGAGUUGACCCCAGCUCUCUGUCAAGCUGACACUGUGGGUGAGCAGAUGCAGAGGCUGGUGGAGUUGUUCGAGCUAUCUGAGAGCGAGCGGCGUCUUCGUGAGUUGCUGGUGUCUCUCCUGCAGGAGAUCUUCUCAGAAUUCUUCCCAGAGUGUAAGGUCCUGCCUUUCGGCUCCUCGGUGAACAGUUUCGAUAUCCAUAGCUGUGACCUGGACCUGUUUCUAGAUCUGGAGAACACCAAGACUUUCCAGGCCAAAGCAAAGAGCACAGCUGCACAGGCAGGUGAAGGGUUGUCUGAGGACGCUCAGUCGGAAGACUCGAUCCUGUCGGACAUCGACCUGGAAUCGGCUACGUCCACGGAGGUCCUGGAGCUGGUGGCCACGGUGCUGCAGAAGUGUGUGCCGGGGGUCCACAAGGUGCAAGCUGUGCCCUCUGCCCGCAGACCCGUGGUCAAGUUCAUCCACAAAGAGUCCGGGCUGCAGGGGGAUAUCUCCAUCAACAACAGACUGGCUGUCCGAAAUACUCGGUUCCUUCAGUUGUGCUGCUCUUUGGAUGAGAGAUUGAGACCGCUCGUCUAUGCUGUCCGGUACUGGGCUAAACAGAAACAGCUAGCUGGAAACCCUUGUGGCGGAGGACCCUUGCUGAAUAACUACGCCCUGACUUUGCUUGUGAUUUUCUUCCUUCAGAACAGACAGCCUCCCGUGCUGCCAUCAGUUAACCACCUGAAAUCACUUGCAGGUGAGGAAGAUCGCUGCAUUAUAGACGAUUGGGACUGCACUUUUCCUUGUGACUCUUCGACACUCCCAGCCAGUGAAAACACUGAACAUCUCUGCACCCUUCUCUCUGAGUUUUACAAUUUUUAUGGGCAGUUUGACUUUGCUGGCGCCGUGAUCUCCCCACGUCACGGCAGGGCUCUCCCGAUCACCGAUUUUCUGAACUCGGCGGGCGACAGGAACCCUCGUCUGGGGCCCCUUAACAUCCUGGACCCCUUUGAGCUGUGCCACAAUGUGGCGGGGAACCUGAACGAGCGCACAGAGCAGCGCCUCCGCCGGCAGUGCCAGGAAGCCGCCAAGUACUGCCGCAGCCUGCAGUACCAGCGCAAAUCCACCAAGGGCAAGGUCUGGGGGCUUGUGCGGCUCUUCCACCAGCAGGGCGGCAGUGCCGCCUCACACGGGCAAUCUGGGGAAGCCGGGGCGGACAGAAUGAUCAUCGGAAUCCCUUUCAAACUGAGCGCCCUGUCGGGAGACACCAGAAAACAGCUGCAAGGAUCUGGAGACUUCAGGCAGCUUUGGUUCAGUGAGGUGUGCGGGGCGAUGCUGUGCGUCCUGGAGAAUGUGUUGCAGAUCAGCUGCAGCCCUGUCAAAAGAGUCAGCGAAGAGGGUACCAAGCCCAAUGCAAGUGGGGAGCAGAGCAGCCAUUUGAGUGAAACCAGCUUCAACGAAAUUGCAGAACAGGAAUCUGCAAACCUUGAUGUUCCUUGUGUGAAGGAUCCCCUGAAGGGAGGCACUGAAAAUGAGACCAAGUCCCAAGAGCUGAAGGGGAAGCCCUGUUUACAAGAAGCCAACAAUAACGAGGACGUUCAUUCCAAAGACUCCCCAAUCGCAAGCCUUCAGGAUGAACCCCAAUCUGGGGUCAAGAGGCCCCGUCUUUCAGAGGAGACCCCGCAACCCUCCAGCUCCAAGAAACAGAAGCUGGACCCCGCCCACCCGCAGCCUGCUGUUGGCUGGCAAUGCACCCUUUGGCAUAAGGUGUGGGCUGGGAGGAGAAAAGUAAGGAGAGAUCUCUUGAAAGUGCUGAAGGAGGACUCUAGGCCUGAUGGUGGCAGCAUUGAGUUAGAGUCUAAAGUCACAGAGGCCAUCGCACAGCAGGAGAAAGAGGCUAAGGUGUCGGGGGCAGUACUGGAGUUCACACUCCACGCUGAAGUUGUGGGAGGGACAGAAGACACCAGGACUUUGGCCAAGUUCACCCCACUCGUUGACGGCAGCAAUUUGUUCCAGGAUUUUUUCCAUUUCCUGGAGUCCUUUCUGCCGAGGAUGACGGGAAAGUUCUUGGAGAAAUCCGGCUAGAUGAGCAGGAAAAAAAAUAAGUCAGACAUUGAGCCUUGCAGCCUGCUAAUUGGAGCCCGGGACUGAACACCAGGCUUGAAUUCAAACAAGGUUUUAGAAGCAUAGUAAUCCUAUGAUGUGUUUCAUGAUGCGUGUGAUGUUUGACAUGUAAUAAGACUUAUUAAUACAUCUCAGGUAGUUGUGAUGGGAUGUAAGACACCCCAAAGCAUAGCAGAUUGAGCUAUUGCAAGAUUUACUUUUUAGUUUUAUGAGAUGCAUUUGUUUAUCCAAAUCUCAAGAGUAAUAGGCUCAACUUUCUAAAAUGACUCUGUGCAAUGGAGAUCAUUUUUCCGUCACUGUUGUGAUGUACAGUACAAGGCUCUCCCGAGACCCCAUGUUAUGGAAUCUCCAAGGAAUUUUCUUGCCAUUUUCAACUAUGCGUUUUUAAACAGACCAGUGGAGCCAUGUACUGUACUUCCCUGACGUAGACUUAAGAGAACCCCCUUCAAGCCCUGUAGAUGCAUACUGUUGUUGGUUAUGUAUGGACAUGCAUAAAUUCCUAUCUUACUGAUACAUAUUGAAGUCAUUAUGAUUCAGUAAAUACAUUAUGGAAUAGGUUUUCAAGGUGAACGAUGAACAAUAAGCUGUAUAGGUUGAACCCCUCUGCCUGGAAGAAAUUUGUGACCGCCUAAUUUAACUGUCCAUAUCAGUUAAUGAACUCUAGUUUCCAGAAUUGAAUGUAGCGUUGAAACAAUCAGUUUAUAUAUAGAUAUCAGGAUAUAGAUAGAUUUAAAAAAAAGCAGCAGCAGGGAUAUUCCAUGCAAAAUGAUCAGAUUUUUGGAUUUGCCUGGAAGAAAAUCUGUCUCAAUAUUGCUCUCCAAUGGGUUCUGAUUAGUAUAUAAACCAAUUGCAGCGUCAGACACAUCAGGUACCACAGUAGUUAGAUUCAGUACGGUGUUAGAAACCAUUGAUUGUACUUGGCUAAACUUUUCAGCUUUCUGUUUGGUUUGACAGUGGUCUGAUUUGGUGUGCUGCUCUGUAAAGUGAUACUGAUAAACAUGUGUAAUAGCUUGAAUUACUUGUCCACUUGUUCUAGCAGCAUAUGUAAAUUUGAAGUGUUCUGGUUAUGUUUUUCUAUGUUUUACAUUCAGCCACCUUCCCGUAGCGUUCACAGAUGUCUAACUAGAACCACGAGCUGAGAAAUGUGAAGUCUAGAUAUGGCUAUUUUUCUAACUCAUGGGUAAAAUAUAUUUUUUAUAUGUGAUUGGAAAGAUGUAUUUUUGAAUAUAGGGUGGUUCUUCAGUCAGGUGUUCUGCUUGUAUGUUUGUUUUUUCUUUUUUUCCUUUAACAAUACAAGUGGCAAACCGUUACCCAUU